AUGAAUAUUCAAAUUUUUUAUUUCUUAAGACAAUGUAUUUAUGCCAACUCUAUUAUUGAAAUGUUUAAUAGAGAAAUCGGUGCUAGUUCAGGUGAUUGUUUAACAUCUAGAGACAGUAUCUAUAAUUUAACCACUGAGGAAGUAGAGAACAUCAAAGAAAAAAUUUGUAAACGACGAAACAUUGAAGAUUUUAAAAAUAAUUUAUGUUAUUACUUUAAAGAACCAAAUAAGGACAGAAUUAAAACAGAACUUAAAACUUUAUUUUCUGGUUUAAAUAAUUUAUUUUAUUUAAUUUUAGAUGAUAAAAAAAUGAAUAAUGAAGAUAUAAAAUCAUUAGAGAAAUUAGAAGAAGAGAUUUUUAAUUAUUUAGAAUUUAAAUUAAAAAAAGUUAUUAAUGAACUUUUUAACAACAGUAAUGAUAGUAAAGAAAUAAGAUUUUUUACAGAACUACUAAAACAUUGUUAUAAUGAGACAUAUGAUUUUAUUAAAUCAAAAAUAUUAGAAUGUUUGUUUAAUAAUGUAAAAACAGAAGUAUAUUAUAAUACAAAAAUUUCAAUGUGUAAAGUUUUUAUUAUGGGCUUGAUUAAUACAUCUAAAUAUUUUUAUUGUAUUGAAAGUGAUAACAUAGAAAGUUUAAAAUAUUAUAUCAUAAUUCAUGUAAGAAGAUUAAGUAAUAAUAAUUUUGAUUACAUCAAUCUUAUUCAUGUAAUCAUGCAAAUUUUUUAUUCGGAUAAAAAUGAAGAGGAACAAAACAAACUUGAUAUAAAAAUUCCAUUAUCUGAGUUUAAUUUACUCAUAAAAAAAUUUAAAGAGAAAAUCAAGGAUGCUAGAUGUAAAAAGAAAAUGUUUGGUAUUUCAAUUCCCGGAUGA